CCAUAUUUGUAUUGUACCUCAAUGAGACAGUGGAACAGGAUUCUGAAUGCAGACUAAAAUUUAUUUUGAAGGAAACAUAUUAAAUGUACCGGAAGGACUCUAUAGAGGAUAUUAUAAGAAUUAUUUAAAUAAUGAGGAAGAAAUAUAUUUAGCCACAAACAUGAAGCCCAACCACGCUCGGCGAUUAUUUCCCUGCUUCGAUGAACCCGGAAUAAAGGUUCCGUUUAAGGUAUCCAUUGCCAGACCUAGGAAAUAUAUAACUAUUUUCAACUCGAAAUUGCAUCACACAGUUCAAGAGAAAUUCAAAGCAAGUUCUACAUAGCCCAUGAGAGUAUUCAUGAUUUCU